UCUUAGAUUCGCUCCCGUGACGAGAAGAAAGAGACUCACGCAUUCCGCACUCUUCCAGAAAAGAACAUUUGUUUCGUAAAGAUGCAGAUCUUUGUGAAGACGCUGACUGGCAAGACCAUCACCCUCGAGGUUGAGCCCAGCGACACCAUUGAGAAUGUGAAAGCUAAAAUCCAAGACAAGGAAGGCAUUCCUCCUGACCAGCAGCGUCUGAUCUUCGCUGGCAAGCAGCUGGAAGAUGGACGCACCCUGUCCGACUACAACAUCCAGAAGGAGUCCACUCUCCACCUGGUGCUCCGCCUCAGGGGAGGCAUGCAGAUCUUCGUCAAGACGCUGACUGGCAAGACCAUCACCCUCGAGGUUGAGCCCAGCGACACCAUUGAGAACGUCAAGGCCAAGAUCCAGGAUAAGGAAGGCAUUCCUCCUGACCAGCAGCGUCUGAUCUUCGCUGGCAAGCAGCUGGAAGAUGGACGCACCCUGUCCGACUACAACAUCCAGAAGGAGUCCACUCUCCACCUGGUGCUCCGUCUGAGAGGUGGUAUGCAGAUCUUCGUGAAGACCUUGACUGGCAAGACCAUCACCCUCGAGGUUGAGCCCAGCGACACCAUUGAGAACGUCAAGGCCAAGAUCCAGGAUAAGGAAGGCAUUCCUCCUGACCAGCAGCGUUUGAUCUUCGCCGGCAAACAGUUGGAAGAUGGACGCACUCUGUCCGACUACAACAUCCAGAAAGAGUCCACCCUCCAUCUUGUCCUGCGUGUGAAGACCUUGACUGGUAAAACCAUCACCCUCGAGGUUGAGCCCAGCGACACCAUAGAGAACGUCAAGGCCAAGAUCCAGGACAAGGAAGGCAUUCCUCCUGACCAGCAGCGUCUGAUCUUUGCUGGUAAGCAGCUGGAAGAUGGACGCACCCUGUCCGACUACAACAUCCAGAAGGAGUCCACUCUCCACCUGGUGCUCCGUCUGAGAGGUGGUAUGCAGAUCUUCGUCAAGACGCUGACUGGCAAGACCAUCACUUUGGAAGUUGAGCCCAGUGACACCAUUGAGAACGUCAAGGCCAAGAUCCAGGACAAGGAAGGCAUUCCUCCUGAUCAGCAGCGUCUGAUCUUCGCUGGCAAGCAGCUGGAGGAUGGACGCACCCUGUCUGACUACAACAUCCAGAAGGAGUCCACUCUCCACCUGGUGCUCCGUCUGAGAGGUGGUAUGCAGAUCUUCGUGAAGACCUUGACUGGCAAGACCAUCACCCUCGAGGUUGAGCCCAGCGACACCAUUGAGAAUGUCAAAGCUAAAAUCCAAGACAAGGAAGGCAUUCCUCCUGACCAGCAGCGUCUGAUCUUCGCUGGUAAGCAGCUGGAAGAUGGACGCACCCUGUCCGACUACAACAUCCAGAAGGAGUCCACCCUCCAUCUCGUCCUGCGUCUUCGUGGCGGCAAUUAAUCUGCUCAUGUUUAAUAUACAAGUCUUGAAAGUUAUCAGACCAAUUCCAAUUUCCUUUGUUCCUCUUAAUCAUUGAAUAAAGUUCUGGCA